AUGAAGCUUCUUUUUGCCUCUGUGGCUGUCCUUUGCGUAGCCGUUGCCGUCGCUCAGAUUGGUUAUGGUAAGAAGAACGUUUAUGGAACCGGAUACAAUGCCGCUGGUAUUGAUAACCACCAUAAUGGUGCUUACGGUCAAGUAGCUGGACAUGGAGAUUACAGAAAAUACGCCAAAAAAGACAACGUUUAUGGUAAUGCCGGACAACAACAAUACGCUAAGAACAACGUCUACAACCAAGCUGCUGGUUCUGCUGCUGCUAAAUCCGCUCAUGAAAACAACGCUUACAACAACCAAGCUGCUGCUACCAAGGAAAACGCUGCCCGAGGUGGAGCCGCUGCCUACAAACAAAGCCACUACAAUGAUGCCAAUGCCCAUUACGCCAACAAGAACAAUGCCAACAAAGCUGGUUACAACAACAACUUUGCCAACAAGAACCGAUACAACAAAGCUCAUGUUCUUUCAGACAGCAUCCACUAUGGUUUCGACAAGAAAUUCAACAAAAACGCCGAUGAAGAUGGUAUCUACUCAGUUUCCAACCACAAUGAUGCCCACAAAUUAGAUGACUACCGAGACAAAUCCCGAUUCUACGAUGCCAAACAAGGAUACCAUGCCAACUCUGCCAAGAAAGCCGAUGCUGCUCAUGCCAUUCAAGAAAGCAAAUUCAACAAAGCUGCUGCCAACAAAGCCUACGCUGCCCAAGAUUAUGCCGAUAAAGCCAACAAAAUCAACAAAGCCGGUCAACACAGCAGCCUUCACCACAAAGAUCUCGAUGCCGUCGCUGGAAAGAGCAAAUACUCUGACAACGCCAAAGAUUCUUCUCUCAGAAAAUACAACGAUUAUGCUACCAAGGAUAACGCUUUUGGAAGACAAGGAGCUAUUGCCAGAAACGGUGCUCAUGCCGGAGCUGCUGCUCAAACUGGACGAGGAUACGGUCACGGACGAGGUGUCGGAGUCGGACAUGGUUACGGUCGUGGUAUCAACGGUGUUGCUGCUAAGAAUAACGGUUAUUAUGGGGAUGCUGCUAAACACGCUGAUGCUGCUGCCAAUAGUGCUGCUUUGAAGAAUGGUAAAUUCGGUGCUGCUGAAAACCAAUACUAUAAAGAUCACGAUAGUGCUAAAUACGCCAAACACGACAACCUCAGAGAUCAUGAACAAGGAGACUUCAAGAGCGGUUUAUACAAAGCCGAUGGUGCCGGACACAACAAUGCUGCCCACUCUAAUGCUGCUAGCCAAGGAGCUGCUGCCAGAAAAUACGCCGAUGCUGCUUCCAACUAUCUCAACGCUGCUGCCAAUAGUGAUAAAUAUGCUGCCGCCAGAAACAACGAAAACCUUAAACACCAACUUCACGAUAGUAACUCUAACAGCAAAACAGUCAAGAAAUUCCACACUUCCAAGAAAGUCGGAGGAAACAACUACGAAAGACUCAACUUUGAUAGAAAACGAUUAGACAACGAUUAUGCCGACAACGCCGCUUACAAAGCUGCCAAUGCCAAGAAAUUCAACAACGAUGUCUACAGUGCUAAUGCCAAGAAUAACCAAUACAAAGAUACCGCCGCUGCUGCCAAGCAAGCCCACAACCAAUACUACCACAACAACGCUGCUGCUGCCCAAAAAGCUAAAUCUGUCCGAGAUAAUGCUUAUGCUAACAGAAACGCCGCCGCCAAGAACGCUUACAACAAAGAUUACUCUGGUAACCAAUACAACGCUUACAAAGCCAACCACGAUAACGUCAAUGACGCUACCCACAACGCUAAAGGUCAAUACUAUGGUAAAACUGCUGCUGCCCACGACAACGCCAUCCGAGAUGCUUCUGGUAUCAAAUACGCUUCCGUCAAGGCCCCACAACAUGUUGGUCUUGGUGUUGCUGGUGGUAUUGCUAGAAGUGCUCCAGUACACGCUACCGGAGUCAGAUACAACCAAGGAUAUGCUGCUCCUUACUACGGUAACAACUACGGUUAUGCCGGAAACGGAUACAACAACUACGGUUAUCCUCAAUACGGUUACCAAAGAAAUAAUGGUUACAAUGGCUACAAUGGUUACCCCCAAUACGGUUACCAAGGAAAUAACUAUGGUUAUUAAACAGUAGAAUCUAAAAGCAAGAUUUAUAUUAUGAGAAUUUUGGAGGAUAACUUUUUCAAUUGUAAAUGUCAAAAUUUUGAAAAUUGCAAGCUCUCAAAACUUAUUUUUCAAAUCUUCAUAACAUUUCAUGUCAAAAUACACGUGGGUUUCAAAUAAUUUCUUACACAUUUAAAAAGGUUUCAUUGAAAUAUCAUUAUUUUCUAAUUUUUGCAAAUUCAUCGUAAUUUUCGAAUUUCUUUUAACUGCUUUGCAGAUGCUUUCAAAAAUAGUUUUCUUUCAACUUUCGUUUUUCAAAUCCUAUUUCUAUCCUUUUCGAUCCGAAUCCGCUACUUAAAAUUGUUCUCAGAAAGAUACUAAAUAAUUUUGAAUUCCACUGGCCAUAAGAUUGCAGAAUAUUGUACAAAAGUUUUAUUUUUUUAAAGGUAUGGUUUGGUGUUUAUGUUUUUUAACAUUAUUUUACUAAAAUAAAGAAUAUUUUCAU